AUGAUUGGUACUGUUUUGGUGACUGGUGCUGCUCGAGGAAUAGGACGUGUAAUUGCUCUUCGUCUUGCUAAAGAUGGUCUCAAUGUCGCUAUUAAUGAUAUAGAAGCUAGCUCUUCUGAUCUUCAAAAAGUUCAACAAGAAAUCGAAAAAAUUGGUCGAAAAUCGAUCGCUAUAACUGCUGAUGUUUCUGAGGGUAAAUCAGUUGAAAAAAUGAUGCAAGAGACUGCACAAAAAUUAGGAAGUCUAGACGUAAUGGUCGCAAAUGCAGGAAUUGGUGAUGUAAAAUUGCUCGUAGAUACGACUGUAGAAGAUUGGGAUAAAAUUUUUGCAGUAAACAUGCGUGGUGUAUUUCUUUGUUACAAAGAAGCAGCUAAAAUAAUGAUUAAACAAGGUAAAGGAGGAAAAAUCAUUGGUGCUUGUAGUACUGCUGGAUAUAAAUCACGUUCAAUGAUUGGUCCUUAUUCAGCUUCAAAAUGGGGUGUACGAGGUUUAACACAAGCUGCUGCUAUGGAAUGGGCUCCAUAUAAUAUCACAGUCAAUGCUUAUUGUCCAGGUAUAUUUUAG